AAUCGAUGCACAGUAAAAGGCCCCUCGGCUGCGCAGGAAGGAGUCUAAGAAGGCCGUGUCCGUGCUGCCCGCGCUGCUGCGCUCGUCCGGCGGGGUGCUGCUGUUCGCCGUCGCCCUGGACCUGGCCGGGGUCGCGCUCAUGUUCGUCGGGCCGCAGAUCCUCGGCCGGCUGAUCGCCUUCACGGGCGACGCGAGCGAGCCGGCGUGGCGCGGCCCGGCGUACGCGGGCGUGCUGCUCGUCACCGCCUUCCUGCAGUCCGUCCUCAUGUCGCAGGACGCCCUCCGCGCCACCGUCGUGGGCAUGCGGGCGCGCACCGCGCUCGUGUCCGCCAUCUACCGCAAGGCCCUGCGCGUGUCCAGCGCGACCCGGAGGGAGCGGACGGCGGGCGAGAUCGUGAACCUCGUCUCGGUGGACACGGAGCGGAUGCUGGAGGCGUGCGACUACCUGCCUAUGGGCUUGUCGUCGAUAGUGGAGAUCGUCGUGGCCCUCUUCUUCCUCUGGGACCUCCUCGGCGUCGCCGCGCUGGCCGGGCUCGCGUCCUUCGUCGUACUCACCCCCGUCAACGCCGCGGUCGCCAAGCUCUACUUGCGACUGGAUAAGAAGCAGAUGAAGAACAAGGACGCCCGGGCCAAGCUCAUGAACGAGAUUUUAGCCGGCAUGAAAGUGCUCAAGCUGUACGCGUGGGAGCCGGCCUUUGGGGACAUGGUCGGACGCGUCCGCAAGAAGGAGGUCGCCGUCAUGAGGACGUCGGCCUACCUGCAGGCCGGCGUGUCCUUCAUCUUCUCGGUCGCGCCGUUCCUGGUAACGCUCGUGUCCUUCGCGACCUACGUGCUGAUCGACGACAACAACGUCCUGGACGCGCAGAAGGCCUUCGUGGCGCUGUCCCUGUUCGGCCUCGUCCGCUACCCGCUCGCUAUGCUGCCCAUGAUCUUCAUGAUGCUGGGCCAGGCCCGCGUCUCCAUCCGGCGCAUCGACGAGUUCCUCAACGCCCCGGACCUGGACGAGGGCAGCGUACACCACGACGUCAAGGACGCGUCAGGUGACGUCGCCCCGCCCCUGAGCGUGAAGGCCGGCACGUUCGCCUGGGGCCCCGGCGAGGAGCCCGUCCUGAGGGACGUGAGCGUGUCGGUGGCCAAGGGCCAGGUGGUGGCCGUGGUGGGCGCGGUGGGUGCGGGCAAGUCCACUCUGCUGUCGGCCAUGCUCGGCGAGACGGAGGUGCAGGCUGGCCGCGUCAACUCGCUGGGCUCGGUGGCGUACGUGCCGCAGCAGGCGUGGAUCCUCAACGCCACGCUCAGGGACAACAUCCUCUUCGGCAGGGCGUACGACGCGCGCCGCUACGCCAGGGUCGUGGAGGCGUGCGCCCUCGGCGCCGACCUGGCCAUGCUGCCCGCCGGGGACCAGACGGAGAUCGGCGAGAAGGGCGUCAACCUCAGCGGCGGACAGAAGCAGCGGGUGUCGCUGGCCCGGGCCGUGUACAACGACGCGGACAUCUACCUCCUCGACGACCCGCUGAGCGCCGUGGACAGCCACGUGGGCAAGCACAUCUUCGACCAGGUCAUCGGCCCCACUGGGCUGCUCAAGCACAAAACCCGGGUGCUCGUGACGCACAGCGUCGCCCACCUGCCUAGCGUGGACGUCGUCGUCGUGCUCAAGGACGGCGCCGUGAGCGAGCAGGGCUCGUACUCGGACCUGGUGCGAAACAACGGGGCCUUCGCCGAGUUCCUGGUGCAGCACCUGCAGAAGGCCGAGCCCGGCGACGACGACUUCGACGACGAGGACCUAAAGGAGAUCAAGAGCGGCCUGGAGAAGGCGUUCGGCAAGGAGGCGCUGCAGAGGCAGCUGUCGCAGGCCUCGCAGGCCUCGCAGGCCUCGCGCGUCGGCGGUGACGGGAAGAGGUCCAGGACGACGUCGCAGUGCUCCCACGAGUCCGCGAGCAGGCACGGCCUCGAGCCAAGGGCCGACGCCGCCAAGGACGUGGUCGGCCAGAGGCUGACGGAGGAGGAGGAGGUGGAGGUCGGCAACGUCAAGUCGGCGGUGUACUGGCACUACAUACGCAGCAUCGGCAUCCCGCUCACCAUCGCCACCGUCCUCAUGAACGUCCUGUCUCAGGGCGCCAUCGUCGGCGCCAGCGUGUGGGUGGAGCUGUGGACAGGUGACCCCGCCAUGAGCCAGCCGAAUCGCACGGACUUCAAGGACAAGCGCGACUUCUACCUGGGAGUGUACGGGGCCUUCGGAGUCGCUCAAGGCGAUCGUGUUCGCCUUCGGCUGCAUCGCGUCCUCCGUCGCCCUCCACGACGGCAUGCUCCGGCGGACGCUCCUCAGCCCCAUGUCCUUCUUCGACACGACGCCCGUGGGCCGCGUCCUCAACCGCUUUACGCACGACAUCGCCAGCGUAGACAACGAGCUACCCAACGUCAUCAAGCAGACCUUCGCGACCCUGUUCUCGUGCCUGACCACGCUGGUGGUCAUCUCGGCCAGCACGCCGCUCUUCCUGUCUGUCGUCGUGCCUCUUGGCCUCGUGUACUUCUUCGAGCAGCGCUUCUUCGUGGCCACGUCGCGACAGCUGCAGCGCCUCGAGUCCGCGUCCAAGUCGCCCGUCUACUCGCACUUCAGCGAGACGCUGACGGGCUGCUCGUCCAUCCGGGCGUACGGCGCCGUCGACCGCUUCGUCGCGGAGCUCGAGUCGCGGGUGGACGCGAACCAACGGUGCCACUUCCCCGUCACCGUGGCCAACCAGUGGCUGGCGGUGCGCACCGAGCUGGUGGGCAACUGCGUCGUCUUCUUCGCGUCGCUGUUCGCCGUCCUCGGCCGCGGGGCCAUCAGCCCCGGCACCGUCGGGUUGUCCGUCAGCUACGCCAUGCAGAUCACCGAGGAGCUCAACUGGCUCGUGCGCUUCGCGUCCUUCACGGAGAACAACAUCGUCGCGGUGGAGCGCAUCAGGCAGUACGAGGAGCUUCCGCAGGAAACCCCAUGCACCAAGAAGCGGUCGCACGUGGACUCGGCUUGGCCCGCCGAGGGCGCGGUGGAGUUCAGAGAGUACGCCAUCCGCUACCGGGAGGGCCUGGACCUCGUGCUCCGGGGCAUCGACGUGCGCGUCGAGGCCGGCGAGAAGGUGGGCAUCGUGGGCCGGACGGGCGCGGGCAAGUCCUCGCUCACCCUGGGGCUGUUCCGCAUCGUGGAGGCGGCCGCCGGCCAGAUCCUUGUCGACGGCGUGGACAUCGCCGGCGUGGACCUGCACACGCUGCGCUCGCGCAUCACCAUCAUCCCCCAGGACCCCGUGCUGUUCACGGGGUCGCUGCGCGCCAACCUCGACCCCUACGAGCGGUACUCGGACGAGGCCGUGUGGCGCGCCCUGGAGCGCGCCCACCUCAAGGACCUCGCCAAGGGGUUCGCCGCCGGGCUCAACCACGCCGUCGCGGAGGGCGGCGACAACCUGAGCGUCGGCCAGCGGCAGCUGGUGUGCCUGGCGCGCGCGCUCCUCCGCAAGACCAAGGUCCUCGUCUUUGACGAGGCCACGGCCGCCGUCGACCUCGACACAGACGACCUCAUCCAGAAAACGAUCCGAGAAGACUUUAAGGAGUGCACUAUUCUGACCAUUGCUCACAGGUUGAAUACAAUCAUGGACUGCAACCGUGUCCUCGUCCUCGACAAGGGCAAAGUCGUAGAAUUCGAUUCGCCACAGAUGCUUUUGCAGCGAAACGACUCCAUGUUUUACUCCCUGGCGAAAGAUGCUGGGCUGGUCUGAGAGGGAGUUUCUUUCGGCUCCCGAAUUAAUGAAAUUAUACUCGCUACGAGGCAGGGCGAUUUUACUCACAGAAUACUCUUAUUUUUAAAAAUAAUAAAGAUGAAAACAUCA